GUGAUAUUUGGCGACUUGAGUUUCUCAUUGUCAUUUGUAAGUGUUUAUUGUUCGAUCUAAUUUGUUUUUCUACCUGAAGUGUGUAUGUUUGUGUUUUUUAAAACUGGUUCAUAAUAAAGACGGACUACCUGAAUUCACCACAUCCAUGUGUAUUUACCAGUUCAACUACUUCUGUGAAACCGGUUAUGUAGGGUGUACAAUUCGGCAAGUCCGUUAUCGUAUUGCAGAGCACGGUACGUGUUGGUUGAGCAAAGGACAGAUAACAAUGGUUAAGAGUUCUAUUCCCGCUGACUUUGUGGACACAUGUCAUCAAGUUAACUUGAAUAAAACUUUUAAGGUUGUUUACUAUAUUCCAUCAAAUUUACCACAUGGUUUACGAGUUCGUCUGUUGCAUAUCACUGAAGCCAUCGGAAUCCAUAUUCAUAAAUCAAACCUUUACAUCCGAAAGAGAUUUGUACAACCAUUCUCACCACUUUGUCCAUCGGUAUAGGAGUGAAUUUGUAGCUGAACUUUUUUGUAACCCUUUCCCUCAAAAAUAUUUGAACUAUUUUCCACGUUUAUAUUUUUACAUAUUCUCAACAAUCGUCUCUAGAUUCUUACAUAACUACAAUGAUACUGACCUUUCAUCAAAAUAUUCUGUUAGUCCCUUCUUUUUGUAUAUUGUGCAUUGCAGUACCUGUUCAAAUUUCCGAUUGGUUACUUUGAUUACUAUGAUCCCCUUCCUUUCAAUUACUCAAUAUUAUUUUAUAAUUAAUGUGUCAUUAUACAAUUAUUCUGUAACAUAACUACUCAACGAGUACUAUUUCAUUAUUGUAAGUGAUAUAUAUUAGUGUAGAGCCAUGAUGAGAAUCUAAUUAAAAAGAAAUUUCUUCGUUUGAUCAACUGAUUUUUUUUAAUCCGAUGUUUUGAAUCACGCUAGUUGCUGUGUAUUGUGAUGUGUGUGAGGUGUUUGAUGACAGAUUUGAUCGAUAGAGGUUUGUGU